GACUGGUACUUCCUUUUGGUCACAUGACUUGGCCUUCAGAAAACAGAAAGUACACAGCGAUCGAACACAAAAUAGAUUCAGAUUGCGAAAUUGAAACAGCCAUCGCUAUGUCUAAACAAGAUCCCAGCAAAGCCCAAGGCAUGCCUCCCCCACAGUAUGCCUACGGUGCUCCUCUCCAGCAGCAGUAUGGAUCUCAGCCCCCACCAUACAGCGCUUCAGCCCAGUCGAGCGCCGCUGCCUACCCUGCGUCUGCCUCACAGCAUGACUCUGCCUACCUUGCCUCCAUGCAGGCACAGGCCCAGGCAUACCAAGCCCAAUCUCAAUACGUCCAACAGCAGUACAUGCAGGCAUACGCUCAAAUGCAACCCAUGCAGCAUGGGUAUGUACCUGCUUCCUCGUCUGCCUACCCCCGCCAGCAGUACAUGCCAGUGAUCCACCAGACCCAGGGAGUUUCUCCCCACGGACCUCCUCCCCCCUAUUCUCCGGUGGCUCAACAAAUGAUGGUUCAGCAGCCAGGGACAGUUGUUGUUGGAGGAGCUUUUGAUGCUGGAGCACGAUUUGAUGGGAUAUCUCAGCCACGAAUCCCACCACCUCCUCCUGGUAUGGCCCCCAGUGCUGCGCAGAUCGCUCAGAUGCAGGGGCAGUCAGUUGUGGGUACCCAACAGAGUUCUAAUUGGUUCACAGGAGGUUCCGGAGGAGGAGCUACAUUGUGGUGAACAAAAGGAUUGGCUUGAAUUUCUUGCCAAUCAAGUGGAAAGGAAUGACAGACAUGAACCCAUAGAAAAGGUGUCUGUGAUACUCACACAUAAAGAUGGGUUUGGUUCUAGCUAUCUGCAAAAUUAUAGUCAUUACAAAGGUUUAUAAGACAACCAAUGAAAUAGGACUGGCAUCAGUUGUAAUGAAUUUUGAGCAUAAAAGAACACGAAGUUGGGACGAGAAUUUCUUUUCAUAUUUCAGUCAAUCUUUUUCUUUGAAGGGUUUUAUCUUUGUGUUUAUGGCAUCUUGUGCCAGUCCUCUGUAUAAUUUAACGGAAACUGUAGACAUUAGAUGAAAUGACUGCGUUACAGCAGCCCAGGUGUAUACACAAAUUCUAGAUAUUCCCUGUUCAUUGUUCUUGGAGGACAACAUUAUUUGUUGAUUUAUGGGAUACAUUGUCCAUUUACCUCUGUUGUUGGCCUUUGAAAGAUGCUUGCAGCAUAUUUGGAGCUCAGUUAAUGAAGCAGUAACUCAGUAAUUUAGUUCAGUAACAUUGCUUCCCUCUACAAAAAUAGUGCUAAUAUUGCAAGCUGAAAACAGAAAUGAAGAAUCAUGACAUAGAAAUCACUAAAAAAUAUGCAUCUGUCAAAAACAGAUCCAUAGGUUUACUGAAUAGAAUGUUUGCGGUACUAUUUGAAAGUGAGAAUGAUUAUUUAAGGAAUUAUUGUGUUUUGAAUUAUGGUGUUGUAUAAAUUUUCUAGAAAUAACUGUAAUAAGUUGGCAUUGUUUAAUAUUUACUGUAAAUGUGCAUGGUUGUGUAAUAUGUGUUUUUGAGUCCAUAUCCUUAAGUCGCUGAAACUCCACCUCUUUAUCUGGGCUGCAUGAGAAUGCUCUCUGUGUAAGGUACACCCAGUGUGAUUGAUUAUCUUGAUUGAAAUGGCAUUGCUGUCACCUGUUGGUCUUAUACAUUAUGCAGGUCUGCAAUGUUGCUGAUAUGAAACAUCUAAAAAUUGCUUUCCUUGACUUUUAAAAAACCCAACUAUUUCAUUGAUUGUCUUGGAAAUUGAUUCAAAUUAACAGAAAAUAAAAAAAAUUCAUGUUAAUACAUGUAGGUUAUUUUUUACAUGCUCUUUAUAGAGAAGAGGGAAGCAAUGUACUUUGGUGAUCUGAUUUGAAAUUUCAUAAAGGCAUUUCAGUGUACUUUUUCGGCCAAUUUUUAGUAGUGAGCUGCCAAAAUUAUUUGUAUAAAGAUGGUGGUUCCAAUGAUUGGGUGAUAUGCUGUUUUUUUUCUGGACUUUUGUCCGAAGAUUUUGUAUUUCACAUGUUUAAUGAAAAUAAAUCUAUAUAUUUCAAA